AUGUUUGGUCGGGUAUUUGGAAAUGUUCUCAGAAUCACAUUGGCUAGAGUGAGUUUUAAAAACAUUCUCUAUGUUUCAAGCUAUUCAUUAAGAUAUAGAUUUCUAGGUUAACUUAAAAAAUACCUUAAUUUUCAGAGAACUCAAAUAAUCGCAGCUGGUGGCACAUCACUUGGUCUCUCAUUCUUCGCAGCUUCUACAACUGAAACCAAUGGUAUUCAUCAAAAUAAUUCGAAACCCAGAAACUUCGAUCUAAUUGUCCACGACACAGAUGAACUCUAUGACAAUUAUUUGAUCGAUAAUUGUUAUAAUAUUUUACGAAAAUUCGGUUCAAGCGAUUGUUCAGAAUUAUUAUGGCGUUUAGCGAGAGUUGUUUGCGAGAAAUCAAAACUUUCCAAAGAUCCAGCAGAGAAAAAACAAUUGAUGUUGGAAGCAUUCGAAAUUGUCAAAAAAGCAUUGGCAAAUGAACCGGCUGAAGGUUGUUUCGGAGCACAUAAAUGGUAUGGAAUCUUGUUGGAUUAUGUUGGAGAAAUUGAAGGAAACAAAUCACGAAUCGAAAAAGCGUAUGAAGUUCGAGAACAUCUAGAGAGAGCACUUGCGAUUUAUGAUGGAGAUGCAACAACUUGGCAUAUUCUCGGAAUUUGGCAUUUCAGUUUUGCUGAUAUGGGAUAUGCGACCAGAAUGGUUGCAAAAGCAAUUUUCGCCACUCCACCAAGUUCAACUUAUGAACAAGCGUUGCAUUAUUUUUUGAAAGCUGAAGAAAUCUCGGUAUUUAGUUUUCUAUUCUGUUUCCCAAGAAGAAAAUUCUCGAAUUUCAGCCAAACUUCUACAGUACUAACACAUAUUACAUCGCCGAGGUCUACGAACGCCUGGGUCAAAAAGAGAAAGCCGUCGAAAAUUAUAUCAAAUCUUUCAAAAUGGCUGUGAUAACUUCGGAUGACGCAAAAAUUCACAAACAAGCUCACGAAAAACUCAGAAAACACGGAGUCAAACCGGAACAACUAGUCUAA